AUGAAACGAAAACACGAAGAUCCAGCAGCCAUAAUACAACUACUAAACAGCAUAGACACCACGAACAUAGAAUCUAACCUUUCAACACUCACCACAAUCCACACCCUCGUCAAAACCACUCAGGAUCUAGACACCCAAGCUCUACUUACUCGAAUACAACCACUAUGGAUUUUACCGGACGAACGAAUUAAAUUACCCAUCGCGAACAUCGUGCUAGACGUCUGCACCACACAACGAAGGAUUGACGAGGCUGUCCAGCAUGGAGUCACGGAACUCGCGACUUCCAUGCUAUCACACCCGCCUUGUACCACAAUCGGACUUGAUUUGCUCAGCAGGCUGGCUGCAUCAUCUGCCUUCCCAGCUGGUGCUGUGUUGCAUGCCCUAACACACGUGCUUGACACACAUGAAGUCAACGAGUUGAAUGUACGUGCGGCUAGAUUGUUGGAUGAAGUUACGUACCGGUGUCAUAAGUCUACCAUCGAUGCCUCGUAUGGGAUAUAUGUUAGUGUGGUGGACUCGCUCACACGUAUCUAUAAAUCAAACCAAACCUCCGACCUGGGUACCACGUAUAUGUGGUACUGUGUACGUGCGCUGGCUAUAGCUUGUGAUAAAUCAGGAAUAUUGAAGGCGCGGAUGGUUGGAAGGCUAGAUGAUGUGUGUGGUGCUGUUGGGUACUAUGGCCGGGUGGUUAGACUCGCGUGUAGGAUACCGGAUGUUGUAUUGCAGCCUAUGGCUGUACAGAACAAUAAUGUCGUCGCAGUAACACGGCCGUAUGUGGUUGAAGAGUUAGCAUGUAUAGCUAGGUGUGUUAAUGUGAUUGUGCUCUCUGAUUUGGAAAAGGCCAGGAAUGUUGAGGUGAUUCCAUGUGUCGUUACGGAUUUGGUUGUGUUGUGUGCUGAUGGGAUCGCUAAUUGGAGCAAUACUGACGCCAAAAUGGAUUUGGAGCUUGUUAAAAUGCUUCUCCAUCCUGAUCUGCUAAACAUUAUACUCACGAUACUUGUCAACACACUGCAGCCAACCAUACCUCAUAUCGAACUUGUAUUGAAUCUCGGCAUUGUUGAAGCACUUACACGUCUCUUUAAUACGAUGAGACAAGUUGAAGUUUAUGUUGGGUGUACGGAUAAAGUCAUGAAAUUGUUGGCGUGUGUCUUGUCGAUACAGAGUGGGAGACGAAUGUUUAGGAUCCUGCCGUGGGAGGAUGUCGCAGGUGCUGCAUGUGCUGGUAUUGCUCAGUGCAUGGCGUUUUGGAAUGUGAGUGAGAAGAUGCAUGUCAGAGCGAUGAAGGUUGCUGUUGAGUUACUGAGAGAUGGGAUUUCGGCAUCGUCGUGUCGACAAAUGCUUGGCGGGAUGUGUGCGAGGGAUUUAGGAGAUGUUAGAUGGUGUCCUGUUUUACUGAAUGGAGGGAAUGCAGAGAGGAUUAAUUUAUUUGUUGAAUGUCAUACAUUACUGGCUAAGGAAGCGAAUCUGCGGAAUCUGGUUAGAGAAGGGACGUUUGUGGACAUGGUUGUGACUCUUGUGAAUGGAUUAUGUGAUGUGCUGUUAGGCAGUACUAGUAUUAGGCCAGCUAGUUUGAAUGGCGCUUUAACAUCACUCUUGAAACUAUCUCUGGACUUAGUUAUCGGAUCUGCCAAAGACUCUUGUCUCGCCCGUCUUUUUCCUAUAAAUAGUACCAACAUCGGUAUCGUCGCAUCCGUAUUCAGACUAUGGUCCAUACACACCAACAUGAACUACCAUCUCGACUUAUCGCUCGACACGCCGCAAAUCGUAAACAAGUUGCUCCCCACAUCAAUAAGUGUAUCAGCUGCCCAAGCACUCGUUGUAGCAUCCAAAAUGCACUCGUCACAAUCAUACAUUCUCGAUACACAAACAUGCAUCCCACUGUUAGCACAGAUCGCACUAUCGAAUCCAUCUAACCCCGGUGAUAUCGAUGUCUCAUUCUCAUGUUUCCGUGUGCUGCGAAUCCUCCUAUUAAGUGAAGACGCAUAUCACGAACUAGUCAAGACAUUCGGAGCAUGCAAAAUAAUGAUGCCUUUUAUACGGCAUUAUCGAAUUCAUGGGACGCAGAAUGUAGAGUUUGAUCUGGUGCCUACUAUAUAUGCUGGUGACUCGAGAGACUUGUCUGCAUUGAUUAGUGUGCUGUACUGGGAGGCUAGUGGGACUGCAAGUUCAUUGGUGAGGGCGUUUGGGUUUUAUAAGAUGGAGGGGAGGAUUGAUGUCGCUGCUACUGAUGCUGAGGUGAAUGAUAACGAAACAUCACGGGAAGAAACGGAUAUAGACGCCUUAAAACGAGCACAAGAAGUAUCCGUCACAUCAAUACUCAUGACUCCACCGUGUCGAUACAAUGAACUUGGAUUACUUAAACCAGGUGGUCCGUUUUAUAUGUGCAUUGAUAUACUGCUCUCUGAAACGGACGAUACGAGACGGUUGUAUGCUGCGCUGGCUAUUGAGUGGGUGGCUAUAACGCAUUUGCAGAGCUGGACUGCUGAUGAUUCUUUGCUAGAAGCUUGUAGGAAGGGUCAUGAGCUGUUGUGUUGUGUCGUUGAGAAUGGGGAGGGACUUGUGGUUCGAGAUUUGGAUGGGAUUGAGCUGAAGGGUGACGAAGUUGUGCUUGUUGUGCCUGACGACACACCACACAAAGGCCUCAUCAUAUCCCGCUCUCGUGCAUGCUCCGUAUCCCCCGUAAUGUCCACAAUGCUCUCCGACACACGAUACAAGGACGGUGGUGCGACGCAAGUCGCUGUACAUCAAAUGUCGUUGCAGGAUAUGAAGAAUCUGCUUGGAUGGGUUGUACACGAAGACGAAGACACAUAUUCUAGUAUCCCGGAUCUGGAUACAGUUAUUGGAUUAUUAAGAUCAGCAGAUCGCUUCUUGUGUGAUGGGUUACGGAAGGCGUGUAUUGAGCAUUUGAAUUAUAGGUUUUUGAGGAGGGAUGGAAGGGUGGCGCUUCAUGCUGCAAGGGAUGCGUUGAAGGUGGUUAAUUGUGGGGUUUGUGAGGAUGAUACGUUGUAUGAGACUUGUGUCAAGUGCCUGUUUGUUGGGUUGAGUGAAGUAUCCGGUGAGGAGUUGAGGAGGGUGUUUGAAUGGUGUGGUGGCAGGGAUGGAGUUGCUGAGUUUAUUUUAAAUUCCUGA